CAAAUCAUGGGGGAGAUUCAUCUUCCUCCAGGGUUCAGAUUCCACCCCACAGAUGAAGAGCUCAUCACCCAUUAUCUGACUCGCAAGGUUUCAGAUCUGAGUUUCACUUGCAGGGCUAUUGCAGAUGUUGAUCUCAACAAGUCUGAGCCUUGGGACCUCCCUGGCAAGGCUUCCAUGGGGGAAAAAGAAUGGUACUUCUUUAGCUUGCGAGACCGAAAAUAUCCAACUGGACUUCGAACCAACAGGGCCACAGAAGCAGGUUAUUGGAAAACCACAGGGAAAGACAAGGAAAUCUUUCGUGCUGAAGUGCUCAUUGGGAUGAAGAAAACCCUAGUAUUUUACAAAGGUAGAGCUCCGAAGGGUGAGAAAAGCAACUGGGUUAUGCAUGAAUAUAGAAUAGAAAAUAAAUUUUCUAUCACAUCCGUGAAGGAUCAAUGGGUGGUUUGUAGGGUCUUCCAAAAGAGCUCGCCUGCUAAAAAGACACAGCAAACUCCAUCGUCACAACCAUCUCUUGAAUCUCCAUGCGAUACUAAUGCAAUUUCAAACGAGUUUGAAGAUGUUGAUCAGUUAUCGAGUUUAAAUAGUGCUACAAAUUUUUCAAAUGCAUAUAACGGCAAUGUUCUAACACAAAAUUACAAUAUGGAUAAUAAUGUUAAUUGCAUGAACAUGAACAUGGGCAUGAACAUGGAUUGGCUAGCAACAAAAGAGACAACAAGUAUUCCAUCUCUUUCAUGGCCUCCAGAGAUGCUAAGCUCCCAUCCUUCAAUGAAUUCACUGCUGAUUAAAGCAUUACAAUUGAAGAGUACUUAUCAACCAAGGGAGGCUAUAGGUGUUGAUUACUCAAUUCCGCCACAAGGGAUUCCUCAAAUUGGAACUAAUCUACAUUCGAAUUUCUUGACUUCUUCCUCUAAGAUUUUAAACACUAUGGAACAACAACACCAACAACAGCAACAGGAGCAACCAUUCAAUUUGGACUCCAUCUGGUGA